AUGUCCCUAGCCCAGCCCCAACCCUCCCGUCAAGUCGGCCGGCUUCUGCAGCCGCCGCGCUACACGCAAGGCUUAGAUACUCGCGCAAAGGGUGCUCAUGAUUGGUAUAUCAAUAGUAUGGCUGGAUACCGUAAAGCCGGUGCCGGGCACCGCGAGGGGGAUCUUUUGUUACCCCGAACAAGGAGCUGCAUGGUAUUAGAUACCGUGGAUGCCGUGAUACGUACUCCUCCAGACAGGCGCACAGCCCUGUAG